GUGGUUCCGCUGGCUUCGUUAUCCUUUCGCUGGGAAACCGAAAUGAGCAGCAAUGACAUUUGCCUGCUUCUCGGAACGACUGGCGUGGGGAAAACGUUGUUGAUGAAACGUCUACUAAAGCUCAGUUUGCAUGGAUUAGGUGAACUAGGGGAACCUCCCUCUACUCUGCCUACAGUAGGAACAAACCUCACAGACCUGACACUGAAGAGGAAAAGGGUGACACUAAGAGAGCUGGGAGGCUGCAUGGGCCCUAUAUGGCCGAGUUACUUCAAAGACUGCUCCUCUGUAAUUUUCAUAGUGGACUCAGCCAACAUUGCUCAGAUAUCCUCGUCCUGCAUCCAGCUGCUGUCAUUGCUCUCUGCUGAGCCUCUGCACAGUGCCCCUGUGCUUCUUCUGUUCAACAAGAGGGACAUGCCGUGCACUAUGAGUCUCAUGGAAAUUAAAUCACUGUUUAGAAUGGAUGACAUUAUUGCAUCUGCCACUCAGCCAAUCACAAUACUGGAACUCAGUGCCCGCACUGGACAGGGACUUCAGGAGGUGCUGAGCUGGCUGGAGUCCAUCAUAGUCAAGUGAACUAUCAUAAGUUUGUUAUUCCACUCUCACAUGACUUUGGAGGAUGACUUCAAUUAUUUUGGCAAGAGACGUCAGUAUCCUUAGUGUGCAAAGACUGUUGACACAUAUUUUUAAGAGGAUUUAAUGAGGUGUUAAGUGUUGGACCCACUGAAAGGCUGUUGCUGUAUUUUUGGUAACUUAUCCAUAUGGUGACUGUUAAUAAGGGGGAAUGGGAAAGGAGAUGUAUUGGUGAUAUCAUGGAAGAAGUAAAUGAUUGUAUGGUUGCCCAUUUUACCAUUUGUCAAAUCAAACGUAUUACCUCAAGUUAAGUAUUAAUUAUACUGGUCACUUUUAUGAAUUAUUUUCUGCACAGAUAAACAGGGAACUGCUUGUAUUCAUGACUGACUACAGUGUGAUCCUCAUGCUAUUCUGAAACAAAAUAAUCUCUUACAAAUUGGUAAUGAGUCAUUACCAGCAGGGGGCAUACAGUGCA